ACAUCUAUUUUUUGUUCUUGAAGUUGAAAUUCAAAUCUCCAUAUUCACACCAUAACUUUACUAAGAACAACGACAAGAAAGUUUGCAUAUAAAGAACGCCAUGCAGCAUUUUUCAAGUACAAACCCAAAAUGAAUCUUUUCAAAUAUAUCUCCCUUUCUCUUAUACUCUCUCCAUUGAUCAUCAGCUUUCUCAUGCUUCCCUUCUCUUUUGCCCAAGACUCGAUCAAAGACUUUGUGGAUGCCCACAACGCUGCUCGUGCUCAAGUCGGCGUCGGUCCUGUCCACUGGAACAAGACAGUGGCAGACUACGCUCGUCAAUAUGCCAACAAGCGCAUCAAGGAUUGUAACCUAGUCCAUUCCAAAGGACCUUAUGGAGAAAAUAUUGCAUGGGGCAGCAGAAACUUGGCAGAUUUGUGGCCAUUACACUCAAGUGGUGUGGAGAAAUUCUGUGAGAAUUGGAUGUGCAAAAGUGAGAUGUAAAAGUGGGGGUACGUUCAUCACUUGCAACUAUGAUCCUAGAGGUAAUAUUAGAGGACAGAGGCCAUAUGGUGAAGGGACGCUUCAAUUAUGACUACAAAAGUUAGAAAAGGAGUGAAAGGUUUAAUAUCGAGAUCAAGAUCAUCGCAUGUCAAUAACUAAUAUAUAAACUGAAAAAUAAGAUCAUGAUCUUAAUUAUCCAAGUUUAUAUUGUGCAUACAUGCAUUACUAUUAUUGAUCUAUAUGAAAUGUGGAAAAAAAAUGUUAAAAUAUAUGUUGGUCUUGUUAACUUUAAAAGUUUUGUUC